AUGUCCUCCUCGAGUGUAGAACAACACGUAGUCCAUCAUAAUACCCAUACCCAUCCAUUAACGAAGGUUGACAAAUAUGGUGAUUUCACUUGCGGUGGCUGUAAAACCUACGGCUCUGGGAAGACCUAUCGCUGCGUCCUGUGCGACUACGAUCUUCAUGACCACUGUGCUACGUGUCCCUCCACCCUCCUCACCUUUAUGCAUCCACAGCAUGAGCUCAAGCUAGUCGUUAAUGGAGCAGAACAUACGUGCGACAUCUGCCAUGGAUUGGUCGAAGGAUUAUAUUACAGUUGCGAGGCUUGCUGUAUAAAAUUCCAUCCACUCUGCACACAGCAGCGUCAGUUUUUGAGGUACGUGCCUCACUCGGCUCAUCUCUUAGAGCUGAGUCAGUGUGGAGCGAGCAACACAUGCAUGGUUUGCCGAGGUGCGAUAUUGAGCGUCUUGCGGUAUAAGUGCGAUCUAUGCAUGCUAGAUGUUCACGUGGAAUGCGUUAAUUCCUCUACACCAGCUGUGACAGAAACACAAAUGGAUUUGCACACGCUUCAGUAUCCCCAGCCUUAUAAUGACGAAAGCGAAUAUAAACACAGCUACGAGCAGACAAAAAAAGGUUCAGGUAAAAGAAAAAGAGUGUUUAGAUUUUUGAAGGAUUUUACAGUGGAAGUUGUCUGCACUAUAAUCUCUGAAAUGGAGGCCGAACUUGGCCUUCAGCGCCUUGCUUUGAAAUGGCACUAUCAUAGAGCCAAGAUGAGUCAGAGGAGAUUGUGUUUGGUGAUGCUUCGUGCGACUGCAUCGAUCGAUGUAUGGUGUGCAUCGGUCGAUGCAGGUAGGGAUUUAACGGAGACGAUGGGAGUUGCAUCGUUCGAUUCAAGAAGUGCAUCGGUAAACGCAGGAGGCGUUGCAUCUGCCGAUGCAAGGUGUGAAUCAGUAGAUGCAAGGAGUGCAUCGAUCGUUGCAAGGGUUGUUAGUGAGUAUGAGAUCACUAGUUAA